CCCCUGCCCCCCAGGGUUUGACCCACAGCAAAGCGCAGGAGAUCCUGGUGCGGGACGGGCCCAACGCCCUGACGCCCCCCCCCACCACCCCCGAGUGGGUCAAGUUCUGCCGCCAGCUCUUCGGGGGCUUCUCCAUCCUGCUGUGGAUUGGGGCCAUCCUCUGCUUCCUGGCCUACGGCAUCCAGGCCGGCACCGAGGACGACCCGGCCAACGACAACCUCUACCUGGGCAUCGUGUUGGCCGCUGUCGUCAUCAUCACCGGCUGCUUCUCCUACUACCAAGAGGCCAAAAGCUCCAAGAUCAUGGAGUCCUUCAAGAACAUGGUCCCCCAGCAAGCCCUGGUGAUCCGGGAAGGGGAGAAGAUGCAGCUGAACGCGGAGGAGGUGGUCGUCGGGGACCUGGUGGAGGUGAAGGGGGGCGACCGCGUCCCUGCCGACCUGCGCAUCAUCUCGGCCCACGGCUGCAAGGUGGAUAAUUCCUCCCUGACGGGCGAAUCGGAGCCACAGACCCGCUCCCCCGACUGCACCCACGACAACCCGCUGGAGACCCGCAACAUCACCUUCUUCUCCACCAACUGCGUCGAGGGCACGGCGCGUGGGGUGGUCAUCGCCACGGGUGACCGCACGGUGAUGGGCCGCAUCGCCACGCUGGCCUCGGGCCUGGAGGUCGGCAAGACGCCCAUCGCCGUGGAGAUCGAGCAUUUCAUCCAGCUGAUCACCGGCGUGGCCGUGUUCCUGGGCGUCUCCUUCUUCGUGCUCUCCCUCAUCCUGGGCUACUCCUGGCUGGAGGCCGUCAUCUUCCUCAUCGGCAUCAUCGUGGCCAACGUGCCCGAGGGGCUGCUGGCCACCGUCACGGUCUGCCUGACGCUGACGGCCAAGCGCAUGGCGCGCAAGAACUGCCUGGUGAAGAACCUGGAGGCGGUGGAGACGCUCGGCUCCACCUCCACCAUCUGCUCCGACAAGACGGGGACCCUGACCCAGAACCGCAUGACGGUCGCCCACAUGUGGUUCGACAACCAGAUCCACGAGGCCGACACCACCGAGGACCAGUCGGGAACGGCCUUCGACAAGAGCUCGGCCACCUGGCUGGCCCUGUCCCACGUCGCCGGGCUCUGCAACCGCGCCGUCUUCAAGGGGGGACAGGACAACGUGCCCAUCCUCAAGCGGGACGUGGCUGGCGACGCCUCGGAGUCGGCUCUGUUGAAAUGCAUCGAGCUGUCGUCCGGCUCCGUCAAGCUGAUGCGGGAGAGAAACAAGAAAGUGGCCGAGAUUCCCUUCAACUCCACCAACAAGUACCAGCUGUCCAUCCACGAGACUGAGGACCCCAACGACAACCGCUACCUGCUGGUGAUGAAGGGGGCGCCGGAGCGGAUCCUGGACCGCUGCUCCACCAUCCUGGUGCAGGGCAAGGAGCAGCCGCUGGACGAGGAGCUGAAGGAGGCUUUUCAGAACGCCUACCUGGAGCUGGGCGGGCUGGGCGAGCGGGUGCUCGGGUUCUGUCACUUCUACAUGCCCGAGGAGCAGUACCCCAAGGGCUUCGCCUUCGACUGCGAUGACGUGAACUUCACCACCGAGAACCUCUGCUUCGUGGGGCUCAUGUCCAUGAUCGACCCGCCCCGCGCCGCCGUGCCCGACGCCGUGGGCAAGUGCCGUAGCGCUGGCAUCAAGGUUAUCAUGGUGACCGGCGACCACCCCAUCACCGCCAAGGCCAUCGCCAAGGGUGUGGGCAUCAUCUCCGAGGGCAACGAGACUGUGGAAGACAUCGCCGCCCGUCUCAACAUCCCCGUCAGCCAGGUCAACCCCAGGGACGCCAAGGCCUGCGUGAUCCACGGCACGGACCUGAAGGACAUGAGCACGGAGCAGAUCGACGAGAUCCUGCAGAACCACACGGAGAUCGUCUUCGCCCGCACCUCGCCCCAGCAGAAACUCAUCAUCGUGGAGGGCUGCCAGAGACAGGGCGCCAUCGUGGCCGUGACAGGCGACGGCGUGAACGACUCCCCGGCACUGAAGAAGGCCGACAUCGGGGUGGCCAUGGGCAUCGCCGGCUCCGACGUCUCCAAGCAGGCGGCCGACAUGAUCCUGUUGGACGACAACUUCGCCUCCAUCGUCACCGGCGUCGAGGAGGGGCGCCUGAUCUUCGACAACCUGAAGAAAUCCAUCGCCUACACGCUGACCAGCAACAUCCCCGAGAUCACCCCGUUCCUGCUCUUCAUCAUGGCCAACAUCCCGCUGCCCCUCGGCACCAUCACCAUCCUCUGCAUCGACCUGGGCACCGACAUGGUCCCCGCCAUCUCCCUGGCCUACGAAGCCGCCGAGAGCGACAUCAUGAAGCGCCAGCCUCGAAACCCCCGGACGGACAAGCUGGUGAACGAGAGGCUGAUUAGCAUGGCCUACGGGCAGAUCGUUGUCUUUGGGGGUUUCCGACACGAAGGCGGCCAGACACAACGCAAGAAGGCGCAACUGUAA